CCCCCUCCCGCCGCCUCGCCGCCCCCGGCCCUGUCCGGCCCGCCCCGCCGGCCACCGCCAGAUCCGACCACAAGCGCCUGAUUUCGAGCCUGGCGACCCAGCCUUCCUCCGCCGCCCCUGUCUCUGGUUUCCCCCCGUCUUCCGGCAGCAACGUUGGUCCUGCUCCGAACGCUUGGGCUGCGAGGAAGGAACAUGUGAGCGAGCCGCUGCCCACCACCUCGAGGCUCGCGCAGGCAAGUGCGGUCGAGAAGAUGUCUUCAGGCUGGUGGCAGUCCAAGCCGCCUGAGGUUGAGGCCAUCAGAUUCCAGGAGACAGAAGUUUUGGUUCGGAGGUUUGGUGAGAGCGUCCGAAUCGUUGAUGGUGGGGAUCGGGACUACGAGAGGGAGAGGAUGAGGUCCACGGUAUACUCUGAAGCCAAGGAGAGAGCUUUGAUGGGAUUUUAUGCUGAUGAGGCCAGGGACCAGGAGCGGGUGCGAUCUCCAGUCUAUUCAGAGGUGAAGGAGAGGAAUGCAGCAAGCUUAUAUGAUGAAGGGGCUCGUUCCAUGUCCAGUGAGGGGAGAUUCAGUGGGCCGCAGUUGCAUCAGCAAGGAGUGGUGGAAACAUCGGAGCGUCCGAAGCUGAAGCUACUCCCAAGGACAAAGACAUUGGAGCCUUCCUCUGAGACACGAGGAAUUGAUGACAAUAAGGGAUAUCAGCCACCUGUGAGCUCAGUGCAGAUUGAAAGUGUUCAUGAAAUCCAUGCAACUACGAAUCCACUGAAAGUGGCCUCUGCUGUGGCUGAGGAUGGGAGUAAGGCAGUUGAACGUCCAAGAUUGAGUUUGAAACCCCGCUCCCUGCCUGUCGAUGAGAGUGCUGAAAGAACAAGGCAAACUGUGUUUGGUGGUGCUCGCCCACGAGAAAUUGUUUUGAAGGAGCGGGGGAUUGAUGUUGUUGCUGCUAAUGAUCUUGACAUGACUGUAGCAGCUAACAGGGUUAAAGAUGACCUUCCAAGGACUGACUCAAAGCUGGAGCCCGCUCCUACCACCCGGCCCGGUGGAAUGGCUGAGACCUUUACGCUUGGACAAGGGACCGGAAGGGAUCUUGAUAGAAAAGACCAUCGACCUGAUGUCGAGAAAGUGGAUGUACAGAAGAGUUCAUGGAGGAACGACAACUGGAGGACAACUAGAGGGAUUGAAAAGCCACUGGAACAACCACGCCCAGAGCCUGACACCUGGCGCAAGCCUGUUGAGGAACCCGAACCUGAUGCCCCAGGGCCCCGUUUUGGGAAAGCUGCCUCUGCGUUGGAGCUUGCUCAAGCAUUCUCAAAGUCUGUGUCUGAUGGCAGGUCUGAGAACCACUUCCCUAGCCAGAGAAGCCUUCCCGGCCGGACUCAGGCGCCCUUUUCCCGGUUGACAGACAGCAGGAUAUGCUACUCCGGGCCCUCCCAAAGACAGCUGAAUGGGUAUUGAUAUCUUUUAAAUCAGAGAAUGGGUUCAUGGGAAUUCAUUCCUAUUGCAAAACACUCGCAACCUACUGCUGGUAUUCUAUCUUCACAUAUGAUUGGUCUUAUGUUUCUCUUUCAUUGAUUCUGGGAGUUUAGGUGGAUUGCCGUCUGAGGGGCAACAUCCAAGCUGCAGAUUACAUUUGACGACAGAGUUGCAUCUCAUAGAAACUGAUGCUGAGCUGAGAAAUUUGAAGAUUAUUGUGCAUUGCUGACACUAUUCAAAAUCCUAAAAUAUUUGGCUAAGGAUGUGUACGAGGUAUUUCAGCUGUUUACGUUGACAGUGAUGGUCCAAAGAACAUGUCACUUGAAAUGAUUAGAUUGUUGUUUCUUGCUGUUGGUUGCCUCCUCCCUGAUCGGGGGUUGUCGUUUUCUUCUUGGGCCCAUGGUCUGCAAGCUGUUUUAAAUGAGCAUUUCUUUACUGGGGAUCAUCAGUUCUUCUAUAUUGAUGUUUGCAACUUGGAAUCAAAACCUGCAAGUUCCGUUU